AUGUCAUGCUCAAAAAUAUUUUCAGGAGAUUUACCUGAAUUAACACAUGAUAUUAUAAAAUAUUUUAAAAAUGAUUUUUCAACUUUAUAUUCAUGUAUUUUAGUCAAUAGAUUAUGGUGUCGUUUAGCGAUUCCAUUAUUAUGGGAAAAUCCUUUUUCAAUUCCUACAGAAAAUUAUAAUUUUAUUGAAAUUUAUUUACUUAAUUUAAAUGGUGAAUUAAAAACAAUAUUAAAUGAAUAUAGAAUUGAGGAAAAUUUAAUACCUUCAAAUACACUUUUCAAUUAUCCUAGUUUUAUAAAAUAUUUGAAUACAUGGAGGAUUAUUACUUCCAUUGAAAAAUGGACUGAAGAUGCUGUUAGAACUAUUAAACCUGAAAAAAGAAAAUUAGAUGGUUUUGAGAGAUUAAUUCAUAUGUCAAUAUAUAAAAUAUUCACCGAAAAUGAAAUAAAAUUACAUACGCUUGAAAUUGAGAUCUACCGUCAUCCUAUUCAUGAUCCUUAUCUUAAUUAUGAUCUUGAUUUAUUGUUACAAUAUCCUAGUUUUUUUCACAAUAUUAAAAAUUUAAAACUUUUUAUUAGUGAUUCUUCUAAUUUCUUAAUUAGCUAUAGUAAUAAUCGUUUAUCACAAAUAAUUAAUUUACAUCAAAAUCUUAAUAAGAUUGUAUUAGACGAUAAUAGUUUUCCAUUGUAUCAAUCAUUGUUAUUAUCUAAAGAUUAUAAUUGUUCAAAUACUUUAAGUUCUAUCAUCUUAUAUCAAGUCAAUCUUAAAAGUAUAAUCAACUUAGAUAAAGCAUUUGAGCAAUUAAAUGUAUUAGAAUGUGUUCAUAUAAUUAAUUGUUUUUUAAAUAAUAGUUUUAUUCAACAAAUUAUUAACUUAGCUAAACCAUUCAAGUUAAAAUCUUUAUUUAUAAGCGGAAGAUCGCAAAUUGAUGAAUUACCAUUUCAAUUAUUAUUACAAAAAUAUGGUGAAUAUUUAGAGAACUUUGGAUUUGGAUACGGUUGUAAUUUAACAAUUAAACGAGAAUUACUUGAAUUAAUUAUGAAAUAUUGUAAAAAUAUCAAAUUUUUUGAAUCAUGUGAACAUGAAAAUCAGAUUAUUUAUUUAGUAUUCGGUUUAAUUGAAAAUAUAAAUCAAAAUCUUAAUCAUCUUUCUAUUGACGUCUGUGAAACUUUAUAUUUGGAUAAUCGGGUAAUAAAUAAUAAUAUUGAACGUAGUUCAAUUAUAUUACGAAACUUGGGUCAAUCACUUCCUCUUAAUUUAGAAUAUUUAAGUUUAAUUCUUAAUAUUAAUAAUUUAAAUGAUUUUGAAAUUUUUUUAAAAAAUUCUCAGAAUAAUUUUUUAAAAAGCUUUUGAUUCAUAAUAAGGGUGCUUAUGAUAUUUUACCUUAUGUAAAAGAAUAUAUUAUGAAAAAACGAAGGGUCAAUUAUUUGGCUAUUUUGGAUUCCUUUGAAAGUAUAAUGAUUGGUAGAAACUUUUAUAAUAAGGAUUUGUUUUUAUUAGAAGAUGAAGUGAAUGAAUUUGGGUUAUAUAAUAUUAAAAUUAUAAAAUAUUAUGAUUUAGCUAUUUGUAGUAAAUUAAACUUUAUAUUUUCUUAGGUUAUAAAAU